AAAUAGGCUGGAGAGGUUCUUCUUCUUCGCGGUCUAUUUGUGUGUGCAGUUUGACGUCAGUGUGUGUCACGCAAACUCUCGCGGCGGCACCGCACCAAGAAAGAAAUAAUUAUCACGUGUGCGUUGGGCGAAGGGCCGAAACGGCCUCACCACGCACUCACCUUUCGACCGACCUCUGACGCGCAACAAGCAGGUCGGCUGUGAUGGUGUUGGACUGAAAUGGUCAAGAUGGACAUGCUGCACGAGGUGGUGAGGUCUCCGCCCCCGACUCGGCUCAUCCUGGAGCGCAUCAAGGCGGAACACGAGCAGCUGGGCUCGCUGCCCCUGCUCGCCUCGGCCGCCGAAAAGGCCUCGCACAGGUCGCUAUGCCUCGCCGCCGAGCUGUGCGUCGUUUGCGGCGACAGGGCCUCAGGGCGUCAUUACGGUGCCGUGAGCUGCGAAGGGUGCAAAGGUUUCUUCAAGAGGUCCAUCAGAAAGCAGCUGGGGUACCAGUGCAGGGGCAGCAAGUCGUGUGAAGUGACCAAACACCACAGGAAUCGGUGCCAAUAUUGCAGACUGCAGAAGUGCCUUGCCAUGGGCAUGAGAAGUGAUUUGUGUAAAUUGAUUCCAGCCGUGCAGCACGAGCGAAAACCGAUCGGGCUGAAGAACCGCGAGUCGCCGUCGGGCCAGCAGCAGCAGGGCGGCCCCUUCGCCUCCAGCUCGGGCCGCUACUCGAGGGGCGUCAAGGAUCUCAUGGGGCGGGCGCCGCCCCCGGGCCUCAACCUCUCCGAACUCGGCCUCAUGGGCCACCUCAUCUCGUCCAGGAGCACUUUCGCUGCAUUUGAAGCAAGCAGACGGCAGCAGUCGCCAAUCAGUGCUGACGAGGAGGCUUCAGGGGACAGCAGUGGUGCCGACAUCACAGACGCCAUUUCUCUGGCCCAGGAAAGGGAGGCCAUCACCAGGGCCCUCGACACCAUGGUUCAAAAUUUGUACCACCCUCCGGCUGCAAACGGGUCGGAAACGAGCACGGACGAAGCGGCGGGAAUGGAAGGGCCGAUCAUCACCGAGCAGCAAAUGUCCUUCAGCCUGCAGGUGCCCAACCAGAUUCCGCCGUACUUCAACAACCACUUCAUCUGCGAAAGUGCCUCCAGGCUGCUCUUCCUCUCCGUCCACUGGGCCCGCAGCAUUCCCGCCUUCCAAGCGCUCAGCGUGGACAACCAAAUCGAGCUGGUGAGGCACACUUGGCCUGAGCUGUUCACCCUCGGGCUGUCCCAGUCGUCGGACACCCUUUCUGUCCAGUCCAUUCUUUGCACAGUGUUGUCGAAUUUGCAGGCCUGUCAGGACAGGCUUUCCCCGCAGAAAAUCAAAGAGAUCUGCCAACUUCAAAUUUACGUCAACAUUAUGCAAAAGCUGAAACUGUCAGACCAGGAAUUUGCAUACAUGAAAGCCAUAGCCCUAUUCAGCCCUGACGUGCCAACUUUGAGCUCAACCUCGUUGAUAUCGAGCAUUCAAGACAAAAUCGUCCUCGAGUUCAGAAACCACCUGGCAGGGGACGGCAAAAGGUUUUCGCAACUGCUGCUGCGGAUGGCGCCGCUGAAAGCCUUCCAGUCGCGCCAGCUCGAGGAAAUUUUCUUCUCAGGUCUCAUCGGCACUGUCCAGAUUGACAGCGUGAUUCCCUACAUCAUCAGGAUGGAGGACGAGUUUUUCAACGGCCAACUAAGUGGCAACCCGAUAAAUUUGACUUCGUUGAGCAGCCGCCGGUCGGCCGAGGCGAGUCAAGAGGAAAACGGGAUGGCUCAGGAUAGAGAAGAAGAUUCGGAUUAGUUUUCGACACGCUCCGUGGUCUCAGAUUUUGUGUAUUAUUUUUUUGUGAUUUCCAGUCAUUUAAGGCAAAGCAGCUGUAAGUACUUGAGGUGUGUGUGUACGGAUAAAGUAUUCUUCUAUUUAUAAAAAAAGAAAUUAGUAUACCAGGUUCAUUUAUUAUAAUUUUUUUUCGCUCUGUAUAAAGUUUAAAAUGCAGUUGUCUAGUCUGUGUGCAGAUUAAACCAGCGACAUUGAUUGUCUUCAACGCACUUACGUGUGUGCCUUGCAUGAAAAAUAUUCUUCCAUUAUUGGAAACAAAUUGUCACAAAUUUAUGAGUAUUUUUGGCACAAAAACUGGUACACUUGAUGCCUCCGAACAAAUUUUUUAGAGGGACGCAAUUGUAGUUGUAGAAACGAGGUAAAAGUAUUUUUGGUACAAUUUUAACUGAAAAAUUUGUACUAGGCCAAAAAAUAAAUGUAUCAUAUAUAAACAGGAACAUUUGAAUAAAGUACGGAUUUAUUUGAAAAAAAGAAA